GGAAGUCCAGACUGUCAUUCCAAAAUUUCUUUCUCUUUUUUCGUCGCUAUCGUCAACAACACGCACGCUACCGAAGUGGAAAUUUUUUUCCAUUUUCGCAGCUCAAAAACGUUGUAAAGAUGCCGCAGGAAAUUAAGGAAGUGAAAGACUUCCUCAUCAAGGCUCGCAGGAAGGAUGCGCGCGCGGUCAAGAUAAAGAAGAACGAGACGAACACGAAGUUCAAGAUCCGGUGCUCCCGCUACCUUUACACGCUAGUGGUCAAAGACAAGGAGAAGGCUGAAAAACUGAAGCAGUCGCUGCCGCCGGGUCUGCAGGUUAAGGAAGUGAAGUGAAGAGUGCUGCGCCUUCAUCUGCUUCACUAAAGGAGGGGAGCUGGAUCGGAUGCGCCCCGGGCUGCCGGCGAUUCGAUUGGGGUCGAUUUUGUUCAUGUAGUCUUACGUUUGCAGUUAAUCAUCGCUCGGAGACGAUGGCCAUGUGUCGGUGGUUCCGACGGUGCAGGUGAAUAAAGGUUACGUGAUGAAAUCGAUAAGUACCCAAUGCUA